AUUCAACUGAGGACAGCAUUUUGGCUGCACCAUGGCCUCCACACUCUCCUUUUUACUCUGUCUCGGGCUGUGUCUGAGCCAGAGGAUCAGAGCACAGGAGGGCCUUCUCCCCAAACCUAACCUCUCAGUUCAGAAAAGUUUUAUCCUGGUCCCAAGGGGCAACGUGACCUUCAGGUGCAACAUGUCAGAUGAUGAUUUGCCACCCCUGAAAUGGACAUAUCAGCUGUUCAAGGAGGGGAAUUCCAAGCCCUUAUGUUCAAAGACUACAGAAGCAAGCUGGGUUAAGUUUACCCUACCGUUUACUACAACCCAGGAUUUUGGGAACUACAGCUGUAAGUUCUUUGACUCUCAGAACCCACAAAAUGAGUCAGAGUCCAGCAUGGUCCUGGAAAUUUCUGAGAAAGGUGCAAUGGAUAAACCUCUCACAAUAGUAUCAAAAACCACUCUCAUCAUCCUCUGCUGUAUCAUCAUUCUCUUCUUCCUCUUUUUGUUGGCCUUUGUCUAUCAUCAAUUUUACCUUGGAACCCCAAAAGGAAAAGCUACUAGGAGGUAUAGACAUGAUGAAAAAGAAAAUAACCCAUCAAAUUCAGGGACUGAGGAAUACGGAGUAACCUACAGCCAGUUGAACAUGAAGUCUUUGAAUAAAGGGAGGUCAGCUCCUCCUUUGACUACAACAUCCCAAGAGGCUACAACGUAUAGCACAGUAGCUUGGCACAAGAGGAAAAUGGAUACAUAUAAAUAUACAUUUGGAAAAUAAAAAAAAGCAUGCACUUCAAACAGAUGACUGGGGGUCCAAUGUGCAAUGUGCAAUUUGGACAUAUGGUUCCAGAGUGAGUGCCACACAUAUUUGACCCAUGUGGAGCAGAACUGUCUAUCAACUUACUUUCACUUGGCCUAUAGUAUAUCAUGUGCAAAUACUUAAUGUUCAAUAAUUUUUAGCCCUGAUUUAGUAAUAAUACCAAAUUUUUAAAAGUAUUUUGUCUUAUAAUUACAAAAAUAAAUUAUGUCUUUUAACA